AUGCAUCUUGCUAUGCAAACUGACAGUAGUUAUACCAUAGAAAAAUUGACAAAACAACAUCAAGAAACUAUAUCCAAUUUGGAUAACUUCCAAACCACUGUAGAUCAAUUGAAACUUCAAGCAGACGAGUUAUUAGGAUAUGUAGACUGUUUGUAUGUUUCAGCAGAUAAAGAUGUUCAAUCAAAAGAACUUAUUUCGGAGACUACCAUAAAAUCUAAGAGUGAGAUUGGAAAUUUAAUAAAGAAUAGAAUAAAAAGUCUCUUAGAUUCGUUUUCUGUUCUUAGUGGAUGUAUUCGUCAGACACAGUUACUUCUUUUGGACGCUGUAUCUUUACAUCAGCUGUUCCAAAUGGCUUCAUCAACGUAUAGCUGGAUCACUGAAAAAGAAGUUUACAUCCAACUGUUAAUAAUGGACGAUCUACAAGAAGAAGAGUUUUCUAAGAUUAUCGAAGGUGAUGUUAGUACUAAUCAAGGGUUAAUUCAAAGAUUGGAAAUUGUUAAAAAUCGAUUUUCUGAUCUAGAAGAGCAAAUGAGUACAGCAGCUGAGCAAGUAAGCAAAUUUGCAAAUCAUCUGUUGUCUAAUUUUCCGUUUGUUUGUAGUAUUAAGCAACUAUGUUAG